CUGACAUACAGACCAACGGUAAACACUCAGCUGCUGCUGUUCUUUCAAAAAUAAAAUCAUUCAUAACGUUCAUAACUGGACAGAGGGAACCGGGGUGACUCACGAGAUGUCGGACACUCCUGACUGUGGCCACCAGUGACCACAGAGCUCAGGAUAGCAAGUGCAGAGUCACACAAGGAGCUGUGACCUCUGACCCUGUGACCUCACCAGCUGUACCUCUCUCCCUCACAGAGGAAACCAUUAGUGUCUGCCUGGGAGUGAACACCUUUACUCUACAGCGCUAAUCUCUCCCUCUGUCCCACCCUGUGACUUCCCCCCCCCCUCCGCUUCUCCCUCUCCGUGUGGCUCUCCCUCCCCCAUCCCCCUCUCUCCCUCUCCCUCACCCCUCUCUUUUCUCGAAGGAGCAGCCGUCUGUCCGCGAGAGGUGACUGCGUUUCCGUACCGCAGGAAAGGUCACCGGCUCCAUUUCGCUCAGCUAAAGGGUCGAUAUUUCAGUCUGUUCUUGGCCGCCCAGUUUCCCGGAACGCCGCAACGACAGGACCAUGUCGUCCCUGAGAAUUGGCUUGCUGAACUUUCAGCUGGACCCAGGACUGGCAUACCAUGAAGAGGUCCUGGAUCCAUACUGCGCUGUGUACAUACAGGAUACCGUGGACGCAGAGAAUGGGCAGGAGUCCGAGGAGCAGGAGCCCACCAUGUACCCGCCCUGGAGCACCACGUUCGACACCCCCGUCCAGAAGGGCCGGGUGAUGCGCGUGGUGGUGGAGGACGAGACCACCGGUCUGAAGGCCGAGGCCAGCGUGGAGCUGGAGGCCCUGGCCAAGCGCUUCAAGAGGGAGAGCUCCAAGCUGGAGACCUGGGUGGAUAUGAAACCACAAGGCCGGUUGCUGAUGGAAGCCAGGUACUUUCUGCAGAAGAGUGGUGACUGUGUCCGGAGCCUUGGAGGGGUGGGUGAGGACCGGGCCAGCCUCCAGUCACUGCAUCAGCGGCGCGGAGCCUUCAAACAGGCCAAGAUCCACGCGGUGAAUCGGCACGAGUUCACCGCCACCUUCUUCCCCCAGCCCACCUUCUGCUCCGUCUGCAAAGAGUUCGUCUGGGGUCUCAAUAAGCAAGGUUACCAGUGCAGACAGUGCAACGCUGCUAUUCACAAGAAGUGCAUCGACAAAGUGAUCGCUGUGUGCACAGGCUCAGCCAUCAACAGCAAGGAGACCAUGAUCCACAAGGAAAGGUUUAAGAUUGACAUGCCCCACAGGUUCAAAGUAUACAAUUACAAGAGCCCCACCUUCUGUGAACACUGUGGCACACUGCUGUGGGGGCUGGCGCGGCAGGGCCAGAAAUGUGAGGAGUGCAGUAUGAAUGUUCAUCACAAGUGUGUAAAUAAAGUGGCCAACCUAUGCGGGGUCAACCAGAAAAUGAUGGCAGAAGCAUUGGCCAUGAUUGAGGCCACUCAACAGGCCCGAAGUUCUAAAGACAUCGAUGAUGCUGACCUGGAGGACCUGGCAGGAAAUGGUCAUUCCAAAUUGGUCAGAGAGCCAUCAGGAUGUGUCCAGUGUUUCUCCAUACCUGCUAUGGGAAGGAAAGAUGCCUUGGGAAUGCUGUGGCGUAGCACUGCUGAGAAGGAGUGGCCAACCCCAGGGGCCCUCCAAUCCUCACAGAAGUUCACCAUCGACAGCUUCACCCUCCACAAACUGCUUGGCAGAGGCAGCUUUGGCAAGGUCUUUCUGGGAGAACUCAAGUCCACAGGGCAGUUCUUUGCUUUGAAAGUUCUGAAGAAGGAUGUAGUUUUGAUGGACGAUGAUAUAGACUAUAUCAUGGUGGAGAGGAGGGUCUUGUCUGUUGCCUGGGAACACCCAUUUCUCACUCACCUGUACUGCACCUUCCAGACCAAGGAAAAUCUCUUCUUUGUCAUGGAGUACCUGAAUGGAGGUGAUCUCAUGUAUCACAUACAGAACUGCCGUACUUUUAAUCUGCAGAGAUCCACGUUCUAUGCAGCUGAGAUCAUUUCUGGACUCCAAUUCCUCCAUUCUAAAGGUAUCAUAUACAGAGACCUGAAGUUGGACAACAUCCUGCUGGACACUGAAGGACACGUGAAGAUCGCAGACUUCGGGAUGUGUAAGGACAGCAUGCUGGGAGACACGAGGACGGCUACCUUCUGUGGGACUCCAGACUACAUUGCACCCGAGAUCCUGCUUGGUCAGAAGUACGGGAGCUCUGUGGACUGGUGGUCCUUUGGGGUCCUGCUGUACGAGAUGCUGAUUGGUCAGUCGCCCUUCCAUGGUCACGACGAGAAGAGACUCUUCCAGUCCAUCCGUACAGACAGCCCCUUCUAUCCCCACUGGCUACAUCGGGCUGCCCGUAAUAUCCUGGUCAAGCUAUUUGUCCGGGAGCCCAAAAAGAGACUGGGCGUGAAGGGGAACAUUCGACAGCACUCCUUCUUCCGGGAAAUCGACUGGACUGCGCUUGAGAACCGGCAGGUGGAGCCGCCCUUUCGACCGAAAGUGAGCUCCCCGAAGGACUGCAGUAACUUUGAUAAGGAGUUUACGAAUGAGAAGCCAAGACUUUCGCUCGCUAACCGAGCACUGAUCAAUAGCGUGGACCAAACACUGUUCACUGACUUCUCCUUCAUCAACCCAAGGAUGGACUCCACCAUGUGCUGACAUGUACUCAGCACUGUACAGAGCAGCUGGUUUUCACAACAAACCAUUAAACUAAUCAUUAAUCAGUACAAUCCACAAUGGGCAGUCACAGCUUCACCGAAGUAAUAACCAGGAACCACUGUCAUGACUGCAACCAAAAAAAGACUUCCACACUGAACAUGAGUAAUCCUGUCAAGAUGACGGAUACUUAGAUCAUUACAGAAGUUCGGUAAUCAACUUCAUAUUCCUUCAGUAUUAUUCAGGUUCCAAAUUGUGAGGUUCACCCUGGAAACACUAUAUGAGACACACAGUCGUUAUAUUAUGGAAAAUGAAAAACGUGUACACUCACAGUCUCAGAUACAGUGCCUGCCUCAGUGCAGUAGACGGAAGAGCAAGGUUGAAUCCACACAAUGUGCUUGCUCCCCAGUGCAAUGAAUGCAUUAGCACUAAAUAUAAAUGAUGUCACUUAUAUUUGGUGCUAAUAAGUCAUUUUCUCCCCGGCUUGAAACAUCACAUAUUUUGUGCUAAUAAAUGAAUUGCACUGGGGAGAAAACACACCACGCAAACUAAUCCUUCUAUUUAGUGUUUGUGUUGGUUGGGUCAGCAGAUCACCUGCCAUUUGGGGUGCUUACAAGUAUAGGCCUGAGAAGAGAGAAAUGGCUUUAAUGGCUAUAUAACCACCUACUCUGCUGGUCAGCGUAAUGUGCAAGCUUUGAAAAGGCUGAGAAAGCGUUAGCCUGAGUGCUUUGUGUCUGGCAUAAUGGAUUUCAAUAAUUAAUUAAUAUGUGUGCAGCAGCUGUUGGAGAAAGGCUGAUUGGAGAAGCAGAUCUAUUGCAGUUCUGAUAAUAUCAUUAUGCUAUAACUGUUAUUGGUGAAUCAGUGGGAAUCUAAGCAGAGAGACUGGUGUUCAUAGACCAGGGUGGGCAUUUCUUGAUAUUUGAUUGGACCUAAUAUCGAAUGUGCUAGGAGAACUUUCCUUAUGCCGCGGAGUUCUUGCAUGAGGGAACCCUUUUCAGAAAUAUAAACCAAACAGCCUUGGUUUUUUUUAAACAAUUUGUAAAGGUAUGAAUUUCAAAUUCAGUUAAUAACUGCUUAAAAUGCAUUUGUAAAAAUCUGUUAAAGUGGCAUAUAGUAAAAAAAAAAAUAAAAAAAAAUGUUUUAUUGCUA